GUCUCUGCUCCUCCUCUUCUCACCAUCUUGUGCAUACUGACUGUUUCCUCCCCCCUCUUUCACUCAGUCUGCGUGCUGUAGCCCUGCUGUGCGGUCCUCACAGCCCUCUGUUGAAGCACCAAAGGGAGGAGGAGCCACUGGCGCACACACACACACACCAGACACUCACACUGACAUACACACUCUCACAUCAUCUCUUCUGCACACUCACUGUAAGCACCAGCAAGGCCCGUUUGGAGCAGAGGGAGCCCAGCCGUCUCGUCGCCCAAGAUGGAUGUAUUGAUGAAGGGGUUCUCCAUGGCCAAGGAUGGUGUGGUGGCCGCCGCAGAGAAGACCAAAGCCGGCAUGGAGGAGGCAGCUGCCAAAACCAAGGAAGGGGUGAUGUAUGUAGGCAAUAAGACAAAGGAGGGAGUUGUGUCAUCAGUAAACACAGUGGCCAACAGGACCGUAGAUCAGACCAACAUCGUUGGCGACGCAGCGGCGGCCGGGGCCAACGACGUGUUACAGGCAAGCGGGGAGGGGGUCGAGAACGCUGGCGCGUCGACUGGGAUGAUGAACCAGGAGGAGCCUGUAUACGAGGGAGAAUAUGGAGGAAUGGAGCAGGGUGGGGAUGGAGGAGAGGGGUAUUAGUCGUCUUCAGGAUCUCCCCUCCCGUGCUCUCCAGUGGUUCCUCGCUCGCUCGCCUCGCUGUAUCAGACUCCAGAUGUUCAACAUAUUUUUUGUGACUUUACAGAACCAAAAAUCAAAUAAAACAGACUCUUCCGGAUGCCGCAUUUCAGCACCUAUCUCCCCCUCUGCCUCCCCCCCAGCAGCAGCCCCCUGCCACCUGUCCUCACCCCGUCUCCUCCCUUCUGAUUUUCUGCAGCCUGUAGCUUGUCCUCCACUGCCGUCUUACCCUCGCCAAACCUGUGUGUUAGUGUCCUCCUGAUAUGAACCCUGGUGUUGUUACAAUCCCCCACGCCUACCCACCAAUAGGGAAACCUCACACACAAACACACAUGUACACACAAACAAAAAGAGACACCUUUAUUCCACACAUGCAUGAAACACACAUACAGUACGUACCACAAAGGCCAGCACAGACACACACACACACACACACACUGGGCAAACAUGUUAACUAGAAGACAUUUUUUGUGUGUAAGCUAUGCCUCUGCAGUCCACAACAAUUGCUCACUGAGUGACUGAGGCAGGGUGUGAGAGGGUGUAUUAUCUGCUGUGUGUGUGUAUGUUUGUGUGUGUGUGUGUGUGUGUGUGUGUGCGUUUGUGCAUGUGUAGCUGCUGGUGUAUACAAUAAAUCAACCAGAGGCUUGUGCAGAGAAUCGUGCAUUGAUGACAGAUAUCAUUUUGUGUUGUGUGCAGCAGUUAGUUAGCCACAGUAAACUGCAUGAACAGAUGUGUAGAAUGACUUGUCUCGUGUUGUAACUAUAGAGUAGCAGCUGUUCUGUGUAGCUUUGUAUGGCUUAGUGUGUGUUUGGUCUCAACAUUUAGAAACAGGGUUAUUUAUCAGUAAGCAAUAAACAAAUGCUCAGCAGUUAAGAGUAAAACCUUGAAUUGUGUUUGUGCGAUGCAUGAGAAAACAAGAGUCACUACAACGUUAACUAUAUAUGGCGACAUUCAAGUGAGAAGAGAACCAGAGUUUGAUUCUUAGAUUCUGAUUCAGGAAAAUCCCUGACAACUCCUUUUCCACCGGUGUUGAUCUAACUUUGGCAGAAAAAAUUGUAUUCAUGUAUGCAGGACCACUUCAUUUAUAGAACUUAAAAACGGGUGACUAUGUCAUUGCAAACUGUUUGAUUUCUGGGGGAAUGUGCUUAAAUGCUGCCCAAUACAAUUAGAACAAUUCCAA